CUCAGCCCUGUUUCCGGCGUCUGUGUUUACAGGUACCAAGCAACGGCCACUUUUACUUCCCUGGCAAGGAGCUGUUGGCUUGAACUGUGAAGCAAGGACUAUUAACAAAGGCAUCAUGACGGACAAGUUUGGCACCAAGUACGAGAAGCCUCUGAAUUUACCACAGAAAGAAGUGUUUCUCAACGGCAAAGACAAGUCGCUCAUAUGGACUAGCCCUCCCCAUCAUGUCCCAGUUUACCCGGACUGGCAAGAGUUGAGGUCUGUUCGCUACAACCCUCGUCUCACCAGAUCCAACAGCAACAGCUUUAAUGUGGAAGAUAACUGGACAGAGUAUCAUCGUCAGAGGCACACGCCUAGUGGCUACUACGGACACUCCAUCGGCACACAACCAUCCGGCGUGCCUGCUGUGCGACUGGAUGGUUACACUCGUCACAUCAAUGGCAUGCCUCCAAGAGAUGUUUUCUUGAACCGAUGGCCAAAAGCCGAUAGCUGGAUGCAGCCCGCUCGUGCCCCACGAGGAGAAUACUAUGGGUAUUACCAUGAGGCAAUAGAAUCGGAGCGAUUCAUGCGUCAGAGACUGAGGCCUCUUCACGAGAGGAUAACUCCUUUCGACGUUCCCAGGGUGACUUCUCUUUAUUGUCGACAAGUCCAUCGUGAUGUGGACUGUGACUUGGGAGGAGGAGUCUACUAAUUUAUCCCUUGCCAUAACCGCAGUGCAUUUGACUACACUUCACACUUUGUUAGGGACUGCACAUAACAAUUUUUGUACUUUCUAAAUAUCAAGCUCUUUAUUUUAAGCAAGAACUUAAUCUAUAUGUAUUUUGUUCAAGCUAUAUUUUAAACUGAGUACCAACUUACUGCUCAGACUGCUCGUACAUUUACCAAUCCUUUGUAUUUUAUUUGUGAGUGCCCAUGAUGUCUUGCCAAGUUGGCUAACAAGUAGAAAGUCCGAUGAGCUCUGGAUGACUGAUAAAGCACAAAAAAUUUACACAAGUUUCUUUGUUAAACCCUGAAUAUAUUAUCUCCCUUUCUGCUACUCAGUUUAAAAGCAGCUGCUGUGAACCUCUAUAAAUGCAACAUAUAUAUGAGUGCAUGCUGUGUGAAUCAAAGUCUUUCAAAGUUUUUUUUUUUUUUUGUAACGGCUGUGACAUUUCCUUGCAGUAUUAAAGAAAUGAAACCUGUAAGUCCACUUUGUUUUAAUAUGUUUUACACAUACGUAUCUCUUUAAAGAAAUAAAAUGAUCCCAAGAUGGUA